AUGAAUCCUCUUAAACGAAGUAACAAUUCAUCUGCAUCGUCUUCGAAUAAUUCCUCUCCUUCAUCAUCAUCGUCGUCUUCAUCAUGGAUCCAUUUGCGUUCGGUUCUAUUUGUUGUUACUUCUUCUUCACCAGCUUCUUGUUCAUCCUCUGAUCGAGGCCGUCUUAAAUCACCAUGGUCACGCCGGAAAAGAAAACGCGUUCUUUCUCCUCAACAAUGGAAAAACUUGUUUACCCAUGACGGGAAAAUUCGCGAUGGUGGACUUAAGUUCUUGAAAAGAGUUCGUAGUGGAGGUGUUGAUCCAAGUAUAAGAGCUGAAGUUUGGCCUUUCCUACUUGGAGUGUAUGACUUGGACACUACCAAAGAAAAAAGAGAUGCUAUACGAACUCAAAAUAGAAAGAAGUAUGAGAAACUCCGUAGACAAUGCCGGCAGUUGUUAAAUUCCAACAGUGGGAGCUUUAAGUUCGUUGAAAUAGGUGAAAUCAGCUAUGAGGGAGAUGGUGUGAGUCUUGUUCAAGAUUCUGGUUCUCCUAGUUCCGAAGAUGCAGCAAGUGCCAGAGAAUCCCUUUCCAGUGGGGAGCAGAGCCCAGAUUUUGAAUAUUCAGAUGAUCCAUCCAUUUCCCUGUUGGAAGGAGAUGAUGCUCCCAACAGCAGCUAUGCUGAUGCCUCUGCCCUCGAUUCAGAUUCCACUGACUCAGAUUCCUCAGAAAGUCCUGGAGUAAUUCAGACAUUUCCUUCUGAUGAUGCUCUGGAAGAGAACAACGCCGAGACAACUUCCAAGGAGAAUUCUUCUCCCUCACAAAUCAAUGACACUUCAAAACUACGAAGUAGUGAAGACUUUGCCACAUGGCAACGGAUCAUCCGACUUGAUGCAGUACGAGCCAAUGCCGAAUGGAUGCCAUUCUCUCCCUCUCAAGCUGUUGUACAUGAAAGCAGAGCACAUCGAUCUGCUGAGGCUGUUGGUUUGAAGGAUUAUGGUCACCUAGAUGCUGGCAGAAUCUUUCAUGCUGCUCGAUUGGUUGCUAUUCUUGAAGCAUAUGCACUAUACGACCCCGAAAUUGGCUACUGCCAGGGUAUGAGUGAUCUGUUAUCUCCUAUAAUUAGUGUUAUAUCAGAAGAUCACGAGGCAUUCUGGUGUUUUGUUGGAUUUAUGAAGAAAGCUAGGCAAAAUUUCAGGCUUGAUGAGGUGGGUAUCAGAAGGCAACUUGAUAUAGUUGCAAAAAUCAUAAAGUUUAAGGAUUCCCACCUGUUUAGGCACUUGCAGAAGCUCCAGGCCGAAGAUUGCUUUUUUGUGUAUAGGAUGGUGGUGGUAUUGUUUAGAAGAGAGUUGACAUUUGAACAAACUCUUUGCCUUUGGGAAGUAAUGUGGGCAGAUCAAGCAGCAAUCAGAUCUGGUAUUGGAAAAUCGGCCUGGAACAGAAUUAGGCAGCGUGCUCCCCCAACAGACGACUUAUUGCUUUUUGCAAUAGCAGCCUCAGUGUUACAGAGAAGGAAAUUAAUUCUCGAGAAGUAUAGCAGCAUGGACGAGAUCAUUAAGGAAUGCAAUGGCAUGGCAGGACACCUCGAUGUUUGGAAACUCCUGGAUGAUGCUCAUAACUUGGUGGUCACCCUUCAUGAUAAAAUGAAAAUAGAGGCAUCAUUCCAAUGA